AUGUUAGAAGAUAUUUUUGUAUGUAUAAUGUUUGCCUCAAUAGGUAUAAUUGCUGUAAUAAUAAAUGUUAUUUGUAUUGUUAAACUUUUUAAAAUGAUGGAAAUGCAAAAUAUAUUUGGAUACAUCUGCCUUACACAUUGUAUAGCUAAUUUUUCUGUUUCAAUAAUAUAUGUUUUAUGGGUACCAUUAAUAAUAUUAAUAUUACCUAAAAAUGAUUUUAUUUAUUAUUUUAAUACUAAAAUUGGCCAAUUGGGAAUGUUUUGGUGGUAUUUAUCAAUUUAUUGUCAUGUUCUUGUUUGUAUAAAUAGAUUUAUUGCUAUUUAUUUACCUCUAAAAUAUAAUACAUUUUUUAAUGAUCUAAGAACUAAAAUAUUUAUAUGUGCACUUUGGAUUAUUGCUUUUAUUCAUAUUAUUCCAUAUUUUUUUCCAACAUGUGAUUAUUAUUUUGAUGCUGAAUUAUAUUUAUUUUCUUUCUCAGAUUCUAAUUGUAGUCAUAUAUUGGGAAAUAUAAUUGAUUUCAGACUUACAACUAUAUAUGUUAUAAUAACUAUAUUUAUAGAUUUUUUAAUUUGUAUCAAAUUAGUAUAUAGAUUCAAAAAAAUUUUAAAUAGUACUGAAAUAAAAACAAUAAAUAAAAAAACAACAUUAUUUCGUUUUAAUUUUAAUAAAAGUAUUUGUAAAUACGGAAAUCCUAGAAAAGUGAUUCAUAAAUCACAGGGAAGGGAUACUGUAACUACAGGAGGUACAAAAUAUAAACCAACAAUGAAAACCAAAUUUUUCAUUCAAGCAUUUUGUCAAAAUUUUAUUUUUUUAAUAGAAAUAUUGUCUUUCUAUGUUUUUUCAACAUAUUUUACAACAAAAUUAAGUGUAAUGGCCUUUACAAGUUGCGCAUGGGAAUUAUGUCAUAUGUUAGAUGGUUUAUGCUUAAUGAUAUUUAAUAAAGAAAUAAGAAAAACUGUAAUUAGAUGUAAAUUUUGUUAUAAAUAA